CGACCGAUAAAUUGUUAUUUCUUGUUGCAGCCAUCGAUGCGGCUUAACUAAUGAAGAUCUAAAUCGGCGCUGGUGUAAACCUAGUCCCAUACUGCAUCCUUCGAUAUAUCACACUAAGGGACUCAUAGAAUAUCUGGUGCGAGUGUGGAAGAAACCGCCGUUAGUCUACUGCGACUACCAUGGUCAUUCGCGGAAGAAAAACGUAUUUUUUUAUGGUUGCGCCGCCGCUGAAAGCUGGUGUAGUAACGACCGUCUUGUACCAGACGAACCCGUCAAAUACCUUAUGCUGCCAGCUCUUAUGCAUCGUAUUUCGCCGGCAUUCGCGCUUGGCUCGUGCUCAUUCCGAGUGGAGGGAGCGCGAGAGCACUGCUCGGUGACGGUGUGGCGACACCUCGGCGUCACCCGUUCUUACACUAUGGAGGCGUCUUUCUGCGGUUUUGACAGAGGGCCGUUCAAAGGUUUCCAUCUAAAUACACAGCACCUGCAGAACGUGGGCAGUGAUUUUUGUGAAGCGCUCAACGGCCUAAGCGAUAGCGCUAAUAAUGUCGACAUACAACUCACGAAAGACCUAAACGGAAAUAUCGUAGAAAUAAAAUUGAACGACUCGGGGGAAAACAGUGAGGUAGCGGUAGACAGCGAGCCAGGAUCCGGGUCAGACAGCGUGUUGAAAACAGAUUCUGACGAAGAAUUCGAUUAGUAGUAACAUAAUGUAAUGUUAGCAGUUAGAAUAAGCGUUGGAUAUCAGAUUAACCACUCGUCUGGAUUCACCACGCGAGGGUGAUAUCGUCACUGUCAAACCUGUGUCAAAACAUGUCAAACUAAACAGGUUCUUUUGUGUAGAGAUACGACAUAGAUUUGGAAUUUAUCGAUCAAUGUACACGUUUGUAGCGACCAUCGAAAAAUAUCCUCUCACCGCUCUGCAUAAUACUUAGGACGCUCAUAUUAUGAAGCGCAGUACUAUAUUCAUACCUGAUCCGAAUAAAAAAAAAUUGGCAGUAUCGACCGAAAGUGUAUAUAACAUUACUCGAUGGAUCAUGUUGGCGAUAUCAAACUGCGCGUGGCUAUAAUAAAAUUUUAGAAGUUAAACAUACGGAUUAUGUAUACGGGUGCGGUUUAUAUGUACUUUAGUGACGGCAGCAGAUUUAUUUUUAGAUGAGAAUAUUUUGUUGUAACUCGGGUAAAUUAUGUUAAUUUUGCACUAAGGUUCAGUUUUGUACGAAAUUCGUAUUUUGUUCUAUACGGCAACGUGUGAAGUGUGCGUGGUAUGAUUUAAAUUUAAAUGGCUUGUGAUCUCAGUUACGAAUAAAUAUGAAAUUUA